CAAUUUUGCUCUCCAGAAAGCUUUGUGUAUGCCUGCAUCUAAUCAUUUUCUUUGACGCGCGCAGUUCUCAGCCACCAGCGUCGCGGUAUCCGAACUCCUGCUUUUUCAGCCUUGCAACCUGAAAGCUUCUGCUUAACCAGUUCUUCGUGCAAUACGGAUGGAGAACUUUAAGUACGAACCGAUCAACCUCGAACGCCCCUCAUUGCGGCUGUUGCGACUUCUGAAAGGCGAGGAACCCGAUAACGUCGAAUGCGAGCUUUUCCAAGCCUACCUGGACGGCGAUGACCUGAUACCUUAUCAUGCUCUAUCCUACACAUGGGGAGGCACGGAAAUGUCUUCCGCUGUAAUUGUCAAUGGAAGGAGGCUUGGUGUAACAGAAAAUCUGGAGUUGGCACUUCAAUAUCUCCGCAGUCGCGAAAUGGAUCGGAUACUUUGGGUAGAUGCAAUCUGCAUUGAUCAAGGCAACAAAAGUGAACGAGGACACCAGGUCCAACAAAUGGGGAAUAUAUAUUCUCAAGCCGAGGAAGUAAUCGUCUGGCUGGGCCCAGCCACAUACGCGACCAAUGUCCUUAUGGAUUCUCUCACGAAGCUAAAAGACAAGAGUUUGGGGUCAGCUUGUAGGAACUGGAAUCCUGCCGAUAUACGCUGGAAUAAUCUCUGGCGAUCAGUCCAACCUAGUCUAAUGGAUGAGUACACAAGUUUAACCACCUUGCAACACAGAGGACUUGAAUUGCUUUUGAGCCGGCCUUGGUUUAAAAGAGUAUGGAUCUUACAGGAAGUGGUCAAUGCAAAAAGAGCUGUAGUACAGAGCGGUAAGAGGUCCAUUCCGGCAUAUAUCUUCGCCCUUGCUCCUUUGCUUCUACAGACAAGGCCAGAGGAUCAUUCUCAAGCCGUAUUGGAUAUUAUGCCCGGACCCGUAAGGAAGAAUUCCUGGUGGAGCGAAAAGAGAAAUCUGUACACACUUUUGCAAAAAUUUAGCAAAAGUGAAGCAAGUGACCCACGAGAUAGGGUUUACGCCUUGCUUGGGAUUUCCUCAGACGCAUUCGACGCGCGUAGCCUUCGCCCAGACUACAACAAAAACAUCCAACACGUUAUCAACAACACUGCUGCAUUUUUAUUCGGAUCAUCAACCGUGUCGAGAGCCAUCGUUUAG